CUUGAGAGUUCCUUGAAGCAAUUCACAUAAACAAGCUUCUCUCUGGGGUUUAUAUUCAGGUUGACUGCAACUGUUCAGUUCCAUUUGAUGCUCAAUUGCGACCCCGCAGCACCCUAGCAUUAUAGAAGGACACUUUAUCGUUCAUCCACCAAGUCCUAAUCGAUUCGAAUACGUAACUUAGUACUACCACUGAGAGCGUCUGAGGUGAAGUCCCGCCCAACUCUAUUCUACUCUGCGGUUCCUCUUUGCUUAGUCAACCAAUGUGCCUGAGGCACCCAGGCGGCAAUCUGAUAUCUCUCUCAGUUUGACUUGACGGGACAACUGAACCCUGAUUGAUAUCCAUAUUCCGAAAUCCAACGAGCCUCGGUAUCUGCUGCGUCAAGCAAACUUAACCCAAAGACCUGUUUGGAACGGAUACAGAUACGUGCCUCGUUUUGUAGUAUGGCGGAAGAACACACCGUGGACAUUUCAAAAGCAAGGCCGCGGAAGCCCAGGGAGCCCAUUGCCGGGCCAGACAAAGUAGGGCCGCCGUUUCCUCUUCGGAUAAGAGGACCGGUCAUCAAAGGCUUUGGCAGAGGCAGUAAAGAGCUUGGCAUCCCGACGGCCAACAUUCCAAUUUCCGGCCUCGCCAUCGAUGGCAACUCCGAGAUAGCCAAGGGCGUCUACUAUGGCUGGGCGGGCCUCGACUUCGUCUGCUCCAACACCCCCACCGACACGCUCGCCACCUCCGUCCCCUCGUCACCCGUGGCGCAGAUCCACCCCGCAGUUCUCUCCAUCGGGAACAACCCGUUCUACAACAACGAGCGACUCUCAUGCGAGGUGCACCUCCUCCAUGGCUUCAAGUCAGACUUCUACGGCGCGCGGAUGAGCCUCAUGGUGCUGGGCUAUAUUCGGCCGGAGUAUGACUAUGAGGGGUUGGAUGCGCUGAUUGAAGACAUUAAGACUGAUGUGGAGGUCGCGAGGAGGAGUCUGGCGCGGGAGGAUUACUUGAAUUGUGCGAAGCAGCCGUGGUUGGUGGAUUUCGGGGAGAAUUGGCACGCGGAUGGAGGGGAGGGAGAUGAUGUAGGAACCGGCGCGGCCAAAUGAACGUUAGGAGAGCUUGAUGCCGAGCUUUCGUGUACUCGAAGCGAUGAGCGAUGCCCUUCAAUAGAUACAACCCGCAGAUCCGAUUACAUUAGAGCGCUGGAGAAUCGCAACGUCAUAGAAUAUCACCGA